AUGGGCCUUCUUUCACCCAAGUAUCGGCGGCCGAAGUACAUUGAUAGAGAAAAGUUCCAGCGGAGCGAUACCUCCCUCUCUGAAAACGAUGAGAGCGAUGAAUCGCUUAAAUCAGGCCGAUCAGGCACUUUAUCCGGUAUACCCGAUGCUCUUACCUUUGAUCGAAUCAUAAACGGUGGAACAUGCCCACCAUGUACCAUCCGUGACUUCAUGAACUACCUGUUAUACAUCGAACAUGCAGCCGAGAACUUACAGUUUUACCUCUGGUAUCGGGACUAUGUCAAGCGGUUCAACGAAGCGGACACCUCGGAUACUUGGCUCUCCCCGGAGUGGACACAGGAGAUGGAAGACGAAACGAUUACCAGGAUCCAAAAAGAUGCCGUCGAUAAAAUGAGAAGGGAACCGAAAGCCGCUGAGAUCUUCAAAGGCACCAUCUUUGAGAAAGGAGCAUCGGAUGCCGUGAUAGAAGACAGAGACCCCUUUUCGACACCACCUUCUACCCCCGGGAAAAAGGAUGCCCCUUCAUUUAUUUCGAACUUUGGUAUACCUGGUCGCAGGACACCAGCUCGUGAUGCCUUCGGUGCAGCCGGUGCAGCACAGCCAUUCACAAUUCAACCCUUCCGGGCCGAAAUAAAUCGAGUAAUUGCAACUUAUAUCACUGAAGACGCCCCGCGACAACUCAACCUCUCAGACAAAGAAACCAAGAGCGCCGUCUUAGCUCUCGCAUACACAACACACCCAUCGGCCUUACGCUCCAUCGCACGCAGCAUAGAGGACACGCUCCGGCGUCAGGCCCACCCGAAUUUCAUCCGCUGGACUAUUUGCAACGGCAACCCGGCGCGUGUGUGCUUCGCCGUGAGCCUCGGUGCUGGGCUAAUUGUAUGCGCUACUAUCGGUGCGCUCAUCCUGACUCUCAGCAGCGCCCCACGAGGCUACCGCGCACUCUUCGCAAUCAUUUGGACACUCGGCAUCGCCACACUUAUCGCGGGCGCGAAGGGUAUGUGCGUAGUUCUUCAUGGGCUACACCAUCGGCACGUGCGGCCCUGGGAACUCUUCGACACUCCAUCCUCCAAGCCAUCGACACCCGACGAGUCGGAACUCGAAGAACAAGGCAAAGAAGGGAAGGGAAAUAGUUUUGACUCGUUUGGCUCGAGUAACAGCUACGAAGACGAGCCGUGGGUGGCACGAUACGAGAAGCGCAACAUUAUACGCAAGGUAUUUGAUCGCGAGGUCUGGAUCCAGGAGCCGGCUUUAAGGCAGAUUCAGGAUGUUAUUUUUGUGCAGUCCAUGUUGAUGGCGCUACUAGGCGCGGGCGUGUUGACAGCUAUUUUUGUGGCUGUUCCUGCUGGGAAUUAUUUCUAA